GGUUGCGUGUUUCCCGUCGGACGGAUGCAGUGGAAGUGGAUCGGAGGUCGACGUAAACAUGACGGCAUCGUUGGAUGUAAGCGGACGCAACGUCAUCGUAAGCGUUCGUCGGAUAUCUGGAGCAGAUGUGAGAUCGGGCCGGUGGGUGUACGGACGUUACGUCGUCUCGUCGGAUCUCUGGACUAGAUAUAUCAUAUCCGGGGUGAUCGUCCACAGCUGCGGUGGCUUUUGUGAAGGACGUCGGCCGCGUUUCCGGGGUUGCGAAUUUGGCGUCUCUUUUUUCGGUGGCCAGGUUAGCCAGCAUGGAGAGUGGAAGGGAUGGGCUGGCCGAUUAGAGGGUGAUGGGGUGGGGAGCAGCAUUUGGAUGGAGUGGAUCAUAGAUUAUAUACAUUAGAUGGCGGCAGGGUCCCGAUGGAGUGAUGGGUUGGCGAGUGGCAUUGAGCCAUGGAGGGAAUGUUUAAGAUUGAAGGGAUCGACCGAUGGAGGGAAGGUUUAAGAUUGGAGGGAAAUGAUGGAGGGAAGGGUUGAUUGAUGGUGGUAGAAGGUUUAAGAUUAGAGGGAAAUGAUGGAGGGAAGGGUUGAUGGUGGUAUAGAAAGUUGAGUAAUAAAGGAAAGGGUUGAUGGUGGUAUAGAACGUUGAGUAAUAAAGGAAAGGAAAGGAAGGGUUGAUGGUGGUAUAGAACGUUGAGUAAAGGAAAGGAUGUGGAAAAGGAUCUGCAUGUGGUGAACAAGGCGUGCACGUGGUCCUCUCGCAUGAAAAGGAUCUCUCAAACGUGAUAUUCCUUCGGUCUUCAGUUCUGCGUGAUCGCACGUGUCUUCAAUAUAGAGUGAGCGCACAUGGCGACUGGGAGGAUGCGAUGGGUGCAUGGCGACAGUAGCAUGACAUUGUCAUGGCAGCUUUAUUAUCCCUGUUUCUUCUUACGCCCAUCGCCAUUCCAUG